GAGAGAGAGAGAGAGAGAGAGAGAGAUGAUUGCAGCCUAAGCAACGUUGGGACAGAGGAAGCCGAGUCCCACCGCUACUGACCAUAAAGGGUGGAGGGAGAGUGCUCGAUCCUGCCAUCAAAUACCAUUUGUUUCUCCUCCUCCCCUUUCCCUAUUCCCUUUGCUUCCCGCAGCGGAAUCAAACCCAAAAACCAUCAGCUCCAUCUGAUACAAUGAUGACGAGAACCAGAGGACACGAGUAAUUUCCAGUACAUUUCAGCUAAAGAGCUGACAACACCACCCGGACUCACCUCCUCUCCUCCUCCCCGUACUCGACCCACCAUUUGGUCUCUCUGCUUCAGUUGAAUUAAGGUACUUCAGUUUGAUUCCUUGGUUUUUUCGAUUGCUGUCCUGCAAAACUGUCACUCGAAGCAGAUUCGAAGGUUUUCUGCAGCGAUCACUGUCAAGGAUGCUCCCGGCGAAGCAAGCUGAGGAAGCAGCCAUCCCGGCGACUGACAUUGCUACCUUCAGCAAUGAGACGGCGCAAGGUGGCGACAAGGAGCGGGGCGGCGAGACAGCCUCCGUGUUCAGCAUGAAGAGCCUCCUCUGGCACGGCGGCUCCGCCUGGGACGCCUGGUUCAGCUGCGCCUCCAAUCAAGUGGCGCAGGUGCUGUUGACGCUGCCCUACUCGUUCUCGCAGCUGGGGAUGCUGUCCGGGGUGAUCCUGCAGAUGUUCUAUGGCUUCCUCGGAAGCUGGACGGCGUACCUCAUCAGCGUCCUCUACAUCGAGUACCGCGCCCGAAAGGAGAAGGAAAACGUCAGCUUCAAGAAUCACGUCAUCCAGUGGUUCGAGGUGCUGGAUGGUCUGCUGGGGCCAUACUGGAAGGCCGCCGGCCUCGCCUUCAACUGCACCUUCCUCCUCUUCGGCUCCGUCAUUCAGCUCAUAGCCUGUGCCAGCAACAUAUACUACAUCAACGACCGGUUGGACAAGAGGACGUGGACGUACAUAUUCGGCGCCUGCUGCGCCACGACGGUGUUCAUACCUUCCUUCCACAACUACAGGAUAUGGUCCUUCCUCGGCCUCGGCAUGACCACCUACACCGCUUGGUACCUCACCAUUGCCGCCGCCGUCCACGGCCAGGUGGAAGGGGUGACGCACUCGGGUCCAACGCAGCUAGUGCUCUACUUCACCGGCGCAACCAACAUUCUCUACACCUUCGGCGGCCACGCCGUGACCGUGGAGAUCAUGCACGCGAUGUGGAAACCGCAGAAGUUCAAGCACAUCUACCUGCUGGCCACGGUGUACGUGUUCACCCUGACGCUGCCGUCGGCGGCCGCCACCUACUGGGCCUUCGGCGACCAGCUUCUGACGCACUCCAACGCCUUCUCGCUGCUGCCCAAGUCGAGGUGGAGGGACGCCGCCGUCAUCCUGAUGCUGAUCCACCAGUUCAUCACCUUCGGCUUCGCCUGCACCCCGCUGUACUUCGUGUGGGAGAAAGUGAUCGGAAUGCAUGACGCCAAGAGCGUCUGCCUGCGCGCCCUCGCCCGGCUUCCCGUCGUCAUCCCCAUCUGGUUCCUGGCCAUCAUCUUCCCCUUCUUUGGCCCCAUCAACUCCGCGGUGGGCGCUCUCCUCGUCAGCUUCACCGUGUACAUUAUUCCCGCUCUGGCACAUAUGCUCACCUACCGGACACCAUCUGCACGACAGAAUGCUGCGGAGAAGCCGCCAUUCUUCUUGCCGAGCUGGACGGGAAUGUACGUGGUGAACGCCUUGGUGGUGGGAUGGGUGCUCGUCGUCGGCUUCGGACUCGGCGGAUGGGCCAGCAUGACCAACUUCGUCAGGCAAGUCGACACCUUUGGGCUCUUCGCCAAGUGCUACCAGUGCCCCAACCCCCAUCCUCCUCCCCCUGCCCUUCCGCCACAGCAGCGUCGCCAGCUUUGAACUGAUGCACUUCUACUUAGUUCUCCGUUUUACCGGAAACAUAGGAAGGAAUGCUUGGACGAGAAGAGGCUGUGCUGAAUGCUUUGUCCUGCGUUUCUAUUCUUUUGGCACUACACGAUGGUUUCCUCCC